GACUUCCUUCCUCUCCGGGCAAGAUGGCGGGGGGUGAGGCUGGUGUGACUUUAGGGCAGCCGCACCUUUCUCGGCAAGAUCUCGCCACUUUGGAUGUUACCAAGUUGACGCCACUUUCGCAUGAAGUUAUCAGCAGACAAGCCACAAUUAACAUAGGUACAAUUGGUCACGUAGCUCAUGGGAAAUCUACGGUUGUUAAAGCUAUUUCUGGAGUUCACACUGUCAGGUUCAAAAAUGAACUAGAAAGAAAUAUUACAAUCAAACUUGGCUAUGCUAAUGCUAAGAUUUAUAAACUUGAUGACCCAAGUUGUCCUCGGCCAGAAUGUUACAGAUCCUGUGGAAGUAGUACACCUGAUGAAUUUCCUACAGACAUUCCAGGAACCAAAGGGAACUUCAAAUUAGUCAGACAUGUUUCCUUUGUUGACUGUCCGGGCCACGAUAUUUUGAUGGCUACUAUGCUGAACGGUGCUGCAGUGAUGGAUGCAGCUCUUCUGCUAAUAGCUGGUAAUGAGUCUUGUCCUCAACCUCAGACUUCUGAACACCUGGCUGCUAUAGAAAUCAUGAAACUGAAGCAUAUUUUGAUUCUACAAAAUAAAAUUGAUUUGGUAAAAGAAAGCCAGGCUAAAGAACAGUAUGACCAGAUCCUUGCAUUUGUACAAGGUACCGUAGCAGAAGGAGCUCCUAUUAUUCCAAUUUCUGCUCAGCUAAAAUACAAUAUUGAAGUUGUCUGUGAGUACAUAGUAAAGAAAAUUCCAGUACCCCCAAGAGACUUUACUUCAGAACCCCGACUUAUUGUCAUUAGGUCUUUUGAUGUCAACAAGCCUGGCUGUGAAGUUGAUGACCUUAAGGGGGGCGUGGCUGGUGGUAGUAUUCUAAAAGGAGUAUUAAAGGUGGGCCAGGAGAUAGAGGUCAGACCUGGUAUUGUUUCCAAAGAUAGUGAAGGAAAACUCAUGUGUAAACCAAUCUUUUCCAAAAUUGUGUCGCUUUUCGCAGAGCAUAAUGAUCUUCAGUAUGCUGCUCCAGGAGGGCUUAUUGGAGUUGGAACAAAAAUUGACCCCACUUUGUGCCGGGCUGACAGAAUGGUGGGGCAGGUACUUGGUGCGGUUGGAGCUUUACCUGAGAUCUUCACAGAAUUGGAAAUUUCCUAUUUCCUGCUUAGACGGCUUCUAGGUGUGCGCACUGAAGGAGACAAGAAAGCAGCAAAGGUGCAAAAGCUGUCUAAGAAUGAAGUGCUUAUGGUGAACAUAGGAUCCCUGUCAACAGGAGGAAGAGUUAGUGCUGUCAAGGCUGAUUUGGGCAAAAUUGUUUUGACUAAUCCUGUGUGCACAGAAGUAGGAGAAAAAAUUGCCCUUAGCCGAAGAGUUGAGAAACACUGGCGUUUGAUUGGUUGGGGUCAAAUAAGAAGAGGAGUGACAAUCAAGCCAACAGUAGAUGAUGACUGAAGAAUUAAAUAAUACAUUUGGAUGAAGUUGGAAUUUCUCUUAACAACCUAGGGGUAUAUUUUCAAAGCAAUAGUGAGGAGUUAAUUUCACAGCUUAUUACCUUAGUAGUAGCUGUAAGGUUAUUCUCAUUUUUCGGUGAUGAAAAUUUAACCUCUAGUACUAAAAUAAAUGGGGUCUACAAUAAAUGUAAAAAUUGGCAUAAUGUUGGAUUGAGUCUACAUUUUACCAGAAAUUAAUCACUCCCAAAUAAUGUCUAAUUUAUAUAUCAGUGCAGGUUUAAAAUGAAACUGUUUGCUACAGCCCACCUUUGCUGUAGUACACAUACCACUGAACCUGUUUGAAAUAAAGUUUUUCUUCAUCA